AUGAAUCUUGCGAGCAUGCAGAAUCCGGGUGCAAAGUUGAACUUCUUCUCUUUUGCCUCUCAGACGGUGAAAACUACCGGCAUCAUGGGCCUCUAUGAUGGUAUUGGAGCAGGCAUUUGGAGACAGAUUUUCUAUGCAAGCAGCAGAUAUGGACUGUUCCAAGUCUUAAGGGACACUCUGGCAAAGUAUCGUGAGGUCGACUUUGCUUCCCGAUUGGCUUGUGCAACAGCGGCAGGUGGGAUGGCUGCACUGAUCUCCUGUCCUUGCGAGGUAUCCCUUGUUCGCUUGUCCAAUGACGCCACACUGGAGCCAUCUAUGCGACGAAACUACAAGGGUGUCGUAGACUGCGCCCAACGCAUUGCGCAAGAGGAAGGUGUCACAGCUUUUUGGCGUGGCAGCACGCCCUUCGUCACACGUGCUUGUCUCGUGGGUGCUACUCAGGAAUUUUGGUUCAGGGAGUCUCGAGAGUUCAGGGACAGAGCAAUGACUGAGACCGCCAAACGCAGAUCUGCCUAUGAAGCACGGGAUACACGGGAUCCACCACGUGGCCGGAGCCCGUCUCGUGAAGAUGCUGAAGUUGGAUACACGCCGCGCUCAGUACGAGAUCCUUUUCCAAAGGAUCCAAAGGAUCAACAGGUUUCGUCGCCCAAAGCUUUGACCAAGUCCUCCCCAAUGCCAAAACCGAUCCGACCGACCACCACAGGGCUUUCAGCAAAGCUGGUGAAUGCAGAGACGUUGAAAGCUGAAAAUGCAGCGCUACGUGAGGAGUUGGCAAGAGCAAAUCUG